GUGAAGCACAGAGAAGGGGCCGAGGGUACUCAAACAAAAAGAAUCUGCACUACAGAGUCAGUGCGUGCGCCCUCACUCUCGGACAUGUUCGAGGAAAUCAUCCAGGAAAGCGACCCAGAUCUCAGGCAGCCGAGUGCCACUGCUCAGCAGCUGGACUGUUACCUGUCAGAAGUCCUGAUCCCCAGGAAUGAUGAUCCUCUAACAUAUUGGAGGACCAAUCGAGGGCGCUUUCCUGAGUUGGCACGGAUGGCACGCAGGUACUUGGCUGCUCCAUGCACAAGCACAGAUAGCGAGAGGCUGUUUAGUGCUGCAUCCAAUGUUCUUGAUGAGAGGAGGAACAGACUGACAUGUGACAAAGCAGAGAAGUUACUGUUCAUAAAGAAGAACCUGCCACUGUUCCUGAAGGAGUAGGCUAAGUACACUCUAUGCCAGAAGGACACUCCAUAAUUCAUUUGCGAUUUUGCACGUUGAUGCAUUUUUUUGUUGUUGUUGGAAUGCUUACAGAAGAGGUCCACCUAAGUUCAAAUAGUUUUUUUAUACAUUUUAUUUGGGGCUUGAUACACAGGUGCAGUGGUUAAUGUU